CACCACUCUCUUUCUUGCUCUGCUUCCCCUCUCCUCUGCUCCCCUCCCGGACAGUCAGAAAGAAAGACAGAAAAGCAGAGUCUUUAGCCAGCCAGCGAUGACGACCGCGGCGGGGUCGGAGUCGUCGUCCUCCUCCUCGACCCCGGCGGUGCUUCCGGUGGGGUUCCGGUUCCGUCCGACGGACGAGGAGCUGGUGCGGCACUACCUCAAGGCCAAGAUCGCGGGGCGGGCGCACCCGGACCUGCUGGCGAUCCCGGACGUGGACCUGGCGGCGGUGGAGCCGUGGGACCUGCCGGCCCGCUCCGUCAUCAAGUCCGACGACCCCGAGUGGUUCUUCUUCGCCCGCCGCGACCGCCCCAAGUACCCCGGCAAGUCCUCCCGCUCCUGCCGCUCCACCGCCGCCGGCUACUGGAAGGCCACCGGCAAGGACCGCCUCAUCCGGGCCCCGGGCCCGGGGGGCUGCAGGGGGAAGGGCGCCCUCAUCGGCGUGAAGAAGACUCUCGUGUUCCACCGCGGCCGCGCCCCACGCGGCGCACGCACCCCGUGGAUCAUGCACGAGUACACCGCCACCGACCCAAACCCCCAAUCCCAAUCUGCAGGCCCCCAAAAUGAUAGCUUUGUUCUGUACCGCCUGUUCAACAAGCAGGACGAAGAGGCCCCGGCGCCCAUUUCAGAACCCCCGUCCACGUCGCCUCCAGCCAAUCCGCUGCUACAGCAAGCCGACGACACGGCCAGCGCCUCCAUGGUGGAAGACAAGGCCUCGCCAUCUGAUUCGACCCAGCUGACUCCGACCAAUGUUACUAAUGAUCACUCCUCCACGGCCCAUCUUCUUGCAGCCACAGCCACCGGCGCCGCAGAGCAGUCAGCGGAUCAGGAUGCUUUUAUGGCUUCGUUGGAGCAGCUUCCAGACAUAGAGCUACAGGCCGAGCAUCAGAGAUACGAUGAAUUCCCUAUGUUCAAUUCCCCGAUGCGUCCUUACACGGAGUUCCCUUUCAUUGGCAACAUGGGUGAUGCGCAGCAUGACUUCUCCAUGUAUCAGGACGGUACCAUAAAUCUGGAUGACAUCCUGCUCACUCCAGCCUAUGACGAAACGGGCGCGUCCAAUCCUACAGGCUCAUGGACUCCUUAUCCUGAAGAUCUGUUGGACUCUAUGCUAGAAUCGGGCAGGAGCGACAUAAUAAAUUCAAUUGGCCAAGAUAUGGGCUCUAUGGGGGCAGCACCCUCGGCGCAGCAGCAGCCCACAGCUCCAGUAGAGUUGAUGGACCUGCAACAAGGGAUUGCGGCAAGGAGGAUCCGGCUUGCGUACGCUGUUGACAGGGCAUCGGCGUCUCAGCCUAUAUUAGCUUGUGACUCGGAAAGCGAAGAAGGUGAGGGCGAAUCAGCAGGCUGUAGCACAGAAAGUUCAUCCAGCAACCAUGAGGAGGAUGAUCAUGUCAAUGAUGCACUUUUCCAAACUAUGGCUGGAGAUCUGAUGCAUAACAUGGCUCCUGCUCAAGCGCUGCUGGUUUCUCCCGUGGAAGUUGCAGACAAGCUCCAGCAUCUAUCAUUCAGUGAUAACAGCAUAUUGGAACAAGAAGAAGAUGGCAAGCCGCGUCGUGGAGCCGGUCUGAAGCAGAGGGUGAAGCAGGACUCGGGUCAAAACGGGCACGACCAGGACGGACUCGUGCGCAACAGUGGCUGCGUGCCUGGCCCUGGAGAUUCAUCUUCAGAAACCGCCGUGCGGAGGUCCCUGUGGGUGGCGCUCCUGGUGAUGGCCCCUCUGCUUGUGCUUGUGUUGGUUGGUGUCUGGAGGUGACUGAGCUACCGGCCAGCCGGUGAGAACUAAACUAAACGGUUCCUCCUCAUCAUCAUCGUUCUUCGUUCGUUGGUAGGCUCUCUCUCUCUAUAUAUAUAUACUUGUGUUGGUGUUGCUGCCCUGGGUGUGAUGUAUAUACUUGACUUGGUGUCUGUCUGUCUGUCUGUGUUAAGUAACUUUAGGGUCUCUCUACCGUACCGUAUGGAGUUUGUAAUGUAGGCAUCCCAUUGAGAUGAGAUGAGAUGAGAUAUUGGAGAGAGAAAUGGAGUUACAAACUCUAUUGUCUAUGCAAGCAAAUGAAUGAAUGGAUGAUGGAGUUAUGUUAGCAACUCCAUGACCUACUCCACUCCAUAUGGGAAUGGAUGAUUGAGUUA